AUGACGACGAUGUUCGUCCAACUGCGACAUGUGGUGUACCUGUUGGUCCUUCUUCAGUGCUGUGUGUGUGUGGCAUAUGCGGAAAGUGCAAAUGGUGGUGGGCAGGAUUCUCCUACCGGUGGUUCAUCUGAAAUAGGAAAGGUGAAUCAGGUGAUAAAGAAGACGGUAACCGAGGUGUAUGAGAACAUGGUGAACAUAUCUGGUUGUUUGGUCGUGAUACAUGAGGGAAUAAGAUUAAGCAAAGAAAAUACCAGCCGAGCGGAAGUUGCUGCGAAGAAUAUUACUGCUCAAUAUGGCCAGAUCAAAGAAUUAAUGGAAAAACAAGAAGAGUGGAAGCCAGAUGAGUGGAUUGUGGGAAAAGAGGAUGGAAUAGAAGAAAACAUAUAUGCUUUUGGCAAUGGGACGAUAUCAGUUAUUGCCAUAUUUGAAACGCAAGAAUCUUGUAGGAAACGUUUUGGGGACUUGGAUGGAGAUAAGGAGAAACUUGCCGACGCUCGAAGGCUCUUUUUGGAAGUACAUGACAAAGCGCCCAAAAGAAUGGAGCUCGAAGAAAAAAUUGGUAUGGCGGAAAAAGCGUUGACUGAACUCACAAAUGAACGUGACAACGUGAAGAAAGAACUUGAAUCAUUAGUGGAUCUCUACGAGAUCAUGAGUAAAGCGAAUAGCGUGGUGGUAGACCUCGUGCGGCGUUUGGGAGGUGUCUCGACGCGCUUAAAGAGUAUAGAAGAAACCUGGGAAAAAGAAAUCAUGAGAGAAGUGAAAGAGAGAAUCGACAACCUUGAAAGAAAACUGGAGGAAGAAAUAGCAAAAGUAAAGGAAGCAAUUCGGCCUCGGCUACGGGAGUGGACGGUUGAAGAAGAAGGGAAAAAAGAUGGAGGUCAACCGUCCAAGGGAGCACGAGAGAAAAAGGGGGUUGAAGAAGAGGAGCGGAAAAAAGGUGGAGAUCAAACUUCCAAGGGAGUAGGAGAGACAAAGAGGGUUGAAGAAGAAGGGAAAAAAGAUGGAAUUCAACCUUCCAAGGGUGCAGGAGAAACAAAGAGGGUUGAAGAAGAAGAAGGGAAAAAAGAUGGAGAUCAACCGUCCAAGGGAGCACGAGAGACAAAGGGGGCUGAAGAAGAGGGGCAGAAGACAAAAGAAGAAAAAGAAAAGGAAGAAGAGGCGGAGAAGAAAGAAAACAAAGAUGAAGAGAAAAAGGAAGACGCACCACAGCAAGAAGGAAAGGGAAAGGAAGAGAGAAAAGAGGAAGAGUCAAAAAAUCCUGAUAUGGACGCGGGACUGGCAAUAAAAGCAAUACAAACUGCUGACAGCAGCAGUAGAACUGCAUUGGUGCGCGGACCCUUAAUGUUGAUUCUCUUGUGUGUGCUGGGUUCCACACUCGUGUGCUGA